AUGAAGAUUUUAACACAAGACGAAAUCGAAGCUCAUCGUUCCCAUACGCUAAAAGGUGGUAUCGAAGGUGCCCUUGCUGGGUUCGCCAUCUCUGCUAUAAUUUUCAAGGUUCUGCCAAGAAGGUACCCAAAGUUUAAACCUUCGACUCUAACAUGGUCCAUAAAGACCGCUCUUUGGAUCACUCCUCCCACGGUCUUGACCGCCAUUUGCGCAGAGGAAGCCUCGAACAGUUUCGACGCUACAAUGUACGGAUCCGGUUCUUCCUCAGAAGAUGCCUUAGAUGAGCACAGAAGAUGGAAGAGUUUAAGCACGAAAGACAAAUUCGUCGAAGGUUUAUCUAAUAACAAGUACAAGAUCAUCACCGGUGCAUGGGCCGCAUCGCUAUAUGGGUCUUGGGUAAUUGUGAAUAAGGACCCCAUCAUGACCAAAGCCCAGAAGAUCGUGCAGGCAAGAAUGUACGCUCAAUUCAUCACCGUCGGGCUGCUGCUGGCUUCCGUUGGUCUAAGCAUGUACGAGAAUAAGUUGCAUCCUAACAAGCAAAAGGUCAACGAAAUGCGCCGUUGGGAAAACGCUCUGAGGGUCGCCGAAGAGGAGGAGAGACUCGAGAAAGAGGGAAGAAGGACCGGCUAUGUCUCUAACGAAGAGAGAAUAAAUUCCAAGAUCUUCAAGUCAUAA